AUGAUAGGUUAACAUACACACAUUUCGGAUGCAUAAUCGCGUCGCGUGCGAGUGUGUGAGUGGCGGCGAUGACGGCGGCGGUCAAUUUUUGCGUUAUUCUUUCGCGGCGGCAUAUUUAAUUCGUUCUGGUGAGCGCGUCCUCUGAGUGAAUUUGUGCCGGACAUUCCGUAGAAAGCAUCGACAUUUUCCGUACGCUUUAUCGCUCGCGAUCGAUCACGAAAAAACCGUCGCUUUAUCGUCCGACGAUAAAACGUUUUCGAAAGUCGUAGGUGAAAAAAUGGCGAGAGCGAUGGCUCGUUGACGGUCUACGCGAGGAAGGGCGACGCCGACAAAAUGGACAAAAACGAUAAUGUGCCGCAGUGGAAAAAAGAUUUGAUCGCGAGGCUUCAGAGUCGAAAAAACGAGGAGCGCUUAUGGCUGGACCAUCAGCCGGCCCACAAGCCGAUCGCGGACCUUAUCGUGCCUCCGCGGGCAGGCAACGGUUACCGCAAGGACCCGGAGCAGUCCGAUUCCUCCGAAGAAGACCUCCACUAUGGCCCCGGCAUUGUCAAUAAACUGAGAAACAAGUAUUUGAGUCUGGCGCUUCGCGAGAGCGCCGCGCGUCCCACCAUCCUGCGCAAAGCGACAUCGCUGGAACACCUCUUGGAUGACGACGACGACGGCGACGUCGCCGACAAAGGCGCCGGAAGGUUGUUCAGGUCCCGGCCGGGGACGAAAGCGACAGAAUCUCACCUGACGGUGCGCUACAGGCACGGCAGCGGCGUCCGUCGCCAGGAGAUGAAACGCGCGCGCUCCGUGGAAGCAAUUUCCAGAAGGAGCGACGACGACGAAUGCGGCGACGGCGGCGGCCGUCGCGACGCCGUCGCCGCUUCGUACCACGUCGCCAACAGGCAAUCGCUCCACGAGGAGAUGCUCGUGGCGGCGGCCGCAGCCAAAGACGACGACGAAGGCGGGAGGUUAUGCAAAAAGAUGGCGUCCGAGAACGGGACGGAGGAGAAACCGAGCAAGUAUGGCGGCCGGAUCAACAGGCCGAAGAAGCUGCAACCGUUGCUGAACGAAAAGGAGAAACCGCCCUCUGACGUGGUGAAACAGGCGCGGAUGAUCUUCGAAAAACGGCCUGAAACGAGGACAAAGAAACCACCCCAAACCGGCGACGUAGCUGCCAAAGUCGACAGCUUCAACAAUAUCAUCGUCAAAGCCAAAGUGGCGUCUUCGGCGGCGGCCAAGAAACCGCCGAUCAAACAUACCAAACCAGUUCUCCCUGAUCGACACAAAAGUAAUACUCACGCCAGGCCGGUGGCCAAACCGGUCAUACUGAGCGAGGAGGCGGCCAAACCGCCCAGAAGUCUCGACCUGAAGGCUCCGAGGAAAACAAAACGCGACACCAACAUACCGAGCCCGAUACCGGACGUCUCUCGGGUGGAUCAUAAAAAUUUCGACGGCUCGAGCAGUAGGACCACGUCGGUGAGCAGCCUGUGCGAGACGCCCGACCUGAUCAUGACCUCGAGCCCGUUGGCGAUGAUGUCAUCGCCUACGUUCAAGCGCAACGUCACCGACAAGUUCCUGCAGGUCGAGCAGGGCAGGGCGGAAGGGACCAAUAGAGUUUACGCGAGCCCCAGCCCGAACGGAAGCCUCAACUUCGGCGACGAGACGGAGACGGAGGAGGGUUUCAAGAUGAUCUCGCCCAUCACCCAGAACAAUAUCACCAAAUCCGUGGCAAAUUCGUCCGUGUUCAAUUUUACCAGCAAGCGCGAGGUGAACCAGAGCCAUCUUCCGUCGGUGGUGGUGAACAAGAACGUUUCGGAGGUUAAAACGCCGGUGUCGGAACCGCUGAAGAUCGAGGUUAACGGGGGACUCGGGGGCAGGACGACCGCGUUAUCGGCGACGGAAAUCGAGAAGAACCAGAAGAACGCCAUGAAGACGGCCAUAGAAACGAAGAAGAACGGCGACGUGGUGGUGAACGGUAACCGCGUUGGUGACGGUGGUGUCGCGAACAGUGAAGUGGUGAACCGGAUUAUCGUACCGAAACGGGGCAAGCCCAGGGUGGAGGAAUCGUCUAGCACGACUGCGGUGUUUAAUUUCACGUCGCGCAAAGACGUGCCGGAUUAUAUAUCGAAGGAUAUGAGCAGGUCGCCCAGCAAACCGACGUUGCCGAAGCCGGGAGAGGGCGGUAUAAUCAUAAUAUCGGGUGCCACCCUGAUCGAGUCGUUCGUCGACGAGGAGGAGGAGAUCAUGAGGUCGCUGGAGGCCCCGCCCAGUCCGUGCGACGUCGCCUUCGUCAACGACAACGUCCUGAUCGACGGCAAGUCUAGUCUGAGUCAAAGUUCGAAACGGGUCAAGAUGAAAAUAUCCUUUUUGGAAACGGCAGACGUCUUCGAAUACCCAUCGGAAGAUUCCCUGUUGCUAGAUUCGCCAAUUUCGCCCCAAGUUGCUCAAGUCGGUCAUUCAGUUCCUAUUCUAGGGGGGUCGUCCCUUGCGAAUUACACGCCGAGGACGAUGGAAGAGUUCCAUUUGGGAAUAACGAGGUCUGUGCCACAUCAUCAACCGGUAAUCAGCAAACCCGACGUUUUGGGGCAAUCCUCGGACCUGCUUCUCGAAGAGGUGGACAACCCGAUUCUGUUCAGUGCCGGGACGAAUUCGGAUAUGUUGUUUUGAUCGCCGAUUUCCAUAUUAAGUCUGAAUAACUUAUAUAACGCCUUAUAUUAUAAAGGACCAUUGAAUUUUGUGAAUUAAACGUGUAACGCAUGGCUGCCUUUACGUCAAAGCAUACAAUUUUACAGGGAGUUUUGUAAUUCCAUGGGAAACAUUCCAUACUGUAUUAGAAAAUUCUUUUUUUUUCUUGUAAAUAUAUAAGUUCCAUUUCUUUUAAUUUGCCCUUUAGGCAAUUUUAAUGUAAAAAAAACUGUGAUUGAAGUAAAUCGUAUUGCUAAGCUAUUGUUUAAUGUGUAAUUAUGAUUUUUUUGUGCAUAAUUUGCGUGGGAACUUAACGCAACGCAUUCCAUGUAAGACUUGUACAUCAAAUUUGAUACUGUGGUAAUUUGCUAUAGCUUUCA